AUGUCGUCCACCCAGAGCGUCCAGUGCUUCGGCAAGAAGAAGACCGCCACUGCGGUUGCCCAGUGCAAGGCUGGCAAGGGCCUCGUCAAGGUCAACGGCAAGCCCCUCUCGCUUGUCCAGCCUGAGAUCCUCCGCUUCAAGGUCUACGAGCCCCUCCUCGUCCUCGGCCUCGACAAGUUCGCCAACAUCGACAUCCGCGUCCGCGUCACCGGUGGUGGUCACACUUCCCAGAUCUACGCCAUCCGUCAGGCCAUCGCCAAGUCUGUCGUCGCCUACUACCAGAAGUUCGUCGACGAGCACUCCAAGAACAUGCUGAAGCAGGCUCUUGUCCAGUUCGACCGUACCCUCCUCGUCGCCGACAACCGCCGGUGCGAGCCCAAGAAGUUCGGUGGUGUUGGUGCCCGCUCCAGAUUCCAGAAGUCUUACCGUUAA